AGCAAACCAAUCUCUCCAUAAACAUGGCUUCCAUUAAACAAGCUUCUCUCUUGCUCCUACCUCUCUUGCUCAUUUCCUCUUUGAUUGAGACGUCCUCGGCUGCCGGAAUUGCCGUUUAUUGGGGCCAAAACGGCAAUGAAGGCUCCCUCGCCGACGCAUGCAACACUGGCAACUACCAAUUUAUUAACAUUCGUUUCUUGGCCGUCUUUGGCAACGGCCAAACCCCACAACUGAACCUCGCCGGCCACUGUGACGGUACCGCCAGCACCUGCGCCGGUUUUAGCAAUGACAUCAAAACUUGCCAAUCCAAAGGCAUCAAAGUGCUUCUCUCCCUCGGCGGUGGCUCCGGAGGCUACUCCCUUAACUCCACCGACGAGGCCAAACAGCUCGCUAACUACCUCUGGAACAACUUCCUUGGAGGAAGCUCCACCUCACGGCCAUUAGGCGACGCCGUUUUGGACGGCAUGGACUUCGACAUGGAGGCCGGUAACGGCCAGCACUGGGAGGAGCUAGCCAGAGCUCUGAAGGCGUUCAACCAGAACCUAAUCCUCUCCGCCGCGCCGCAAUGUCCGUUCCCAGAUGCUAACCUGAGCAAUGCGAUCAACACUGGGUUGUUCGAUAAUGUUUGGGUUCAAUUCUAUAACAACCCUUCCUGCAUGUACACCAGUGAGAACAUUAACAAUCUUUUGAGCUCAUGGAACCAAUGGAAUACUGUGCAAGCUGGUCAGAUGUUCAUGGGGGUUCCGGCAUCUCAGGCAGCGGCUCCGAGUGGCGGGUUUAUUCCGGCUGACGUGAUGACUUCUCAAGUUCUUCCGGCGAUCAAGGGGUCAGCUAAGUACGGCGGAGUCAUGAUCUGGGACAGGUUCAACGAUCUCCAAAGUAAAUAUAGCGACGCCAUUAAGGGUUCUCUUUAAAGAACUCAAGAGUUAAGUUUAAUCUUCUGGUCAAUAAGUAGCAGGUUGGUAGGAUUAUUGUUCCUACGGUACUGAAAGCUACAUGAGUGCAAUAAAAAUUUCUUCAUGGAAUGGAUGAAUUUGGAAUUUGGAAUACAUAAUGAAAUACAUAGACUGUUUCAUUUUCAA